AUGAUCUUGUAUGAUUGGCCGCACGGCGGCUCCGACAAGGGCGAGGCUUACUAUCGCAAUCUCUACAAGGACCGCAUCGAUUUCCGUGAGCUGGGUCGUUCUGAUGCAGCGCUGGCCGCAGUACUCGACAAUCACGGCCAGAUUGACUUUCAGGAUGCGCAGGCGGUGAAGCAGCUGACGACGGCGCUGCUGCGGCGCGACUUUGGCCUCGCCGUCGACCUUCCCGACGACCGACUGUGUCCACCGGUGCCCAGUCGCCAUACUUACAUAUUGUGGCUCAAGAUGCUUCUGGACAGCAGCAGUAGUGGACGUGCUACUGAGCCGUUAAUCGGGCUGGACAUUGGCACCGGGGCCAGCUGCAUCUAUCCGUUGCUGGGCUGCGUGCAGCGGCCGGAUUGGUGCUUUGUGGCGACGGACAUUGACGAGGACAGCCUUGGCUGUGCGCGAGCGAACGUGAGACGCAACCAACUGGAGGACCGGAUCCGGGUGCUGCCGGUGCGCACGCCGGACGACCGGCUGAUCCCCGACGAGACGGGGUCACGGCCGCUGUCGUUCACGAUGACGAACCCGCCGUUCUACGAGUCCGCUGCCGAGAUGACGGCGUCUGCCCGAGCCAAAGAACGGCCACCGCAUGCCGUCUGUACGGGUGCAGCCAACGAGAUGGUCACGCCGGGUGGCGAAGUCGCGUUUGUGGGCCGGCUGCUGGCCGAAUCGGUCGAGAGACACGCCGCCGGCCGCGACGUCACCGGCUGCUGGUACACGGCGAUGCUGGGCAAGCUGUCGAGCCUGGUGGCCGUAGUCGAGCAGCUGCGGGCUCGUGGCAUCGACAACUACGCCGUUACGGCCUUUGUGCCGGGAAGCAGCAGCAAGAGCAGCAAAAGCAGCAAAAGCAGCAAAAGCAAGACCCGUCGCUGGGCUAUCGGCUGGAGCUUUGGUGGCAUGCGGCCGUCGGCCGAGGCAGCACGGGGGGCCGAUCACGGCGGCGGCAUCGAUGCGUUUCGCCACCUGCUGCCCCCCAGCCCAGAGGCCGACGUCUGGAGCGUGGGGGCUUCGUCGUCUUCGUCUUCGUCACGGCCGGCCGCCAUCGCCCGGCUCGCCAACGCCCUGGACGCCCAGAUGCACGAGCUCGAACUGUCCGCCUGGACAUGGGACCGCCAGCUUCUGCGCGGUGUCGGUCGGGCGCGCGAGAAUGUCUGGGCGCGGGCAUGGCGUCGCCGGAAGCAGCGAGCAGAGCAGGAAGCCGAAGCAAAGGGCAACGGACAGACAGAUGACCAUGUGGACAAUGUGCCUGCGCCGGGGGAGUGUGCCUUUGGCUUCGUUCUCUCGGUGCAGGUCGGCGUGGCCGAGACGGUCGUGCGCUGCCGCUGGAUCGAGGGACACAGCGACGUCCUGUUCCAGAGCUUCUGCGGCUUUCUGAGGAGGAAGCUCAAGGAGACGGAUCCGACAGGGGACGACGACCGCAUGGAGGAUGUGUCUGGGAAGCAGUGA